AUGGCUGCGAGGAAGAUGGAGAUCGCCACCGCUGCGUUUGUUCUUGCAAUGAUGAUGACGCUGCUGGCAUCCAAGGCCGUGGCGCAGAACAAUAGCUGCUCGAGUGUGAUGAUGACCCUCUCCCCGUGCCUUGACUUCAUUGGGAACAAAGCCCUGGAGCCCGGGUUCUCCUGCUGCACCACCCUCGGCGGCAUCGUCCAGACCGACCCCCGGUGCCUCUGCAUGGUCCUGGAUGGCACAGCGGCAUCCUUCGGCAUCGCCAUCAACCAUACGAGGGCCCUGGAGCUCCCAGGCAUCUGCAAGGUCGAAGCACCGCCGGUUAGCCGAUGCACAGCCAUCCCAAUUCCACCGGAAACAGCGCCACCUUCUAGCGAGUCACCGGAGGAGCCCGGCGAAGAAAUUGAAGAGGCACCUAAAGGAAGCCUGGAAUCAAACACAACGUCAAGCUCCAGGAAAUCAAAGAAUGCAGCAAAUUUAAUGGCCACUAUUCUUAUACCUGCAUGUGCAUUAAUUUAUGUCUUCUAAGUAUUGCACGAUUUCAUUAUCACCAUGUCAUGUUAGAGUUAGAUGUUAUGCAGCCGAGUAUUAAAUCAAUGUGAUUCUUCGUCACAAAAUGAUUAUAGUACCAUUUAGUAUGAUAUAUCUUUCCGAUGAAUCUCAGCAAACACAUGUUAACAAGAAUUAACUCAUAUAAAAUAGCCUCAGUGACGUAACAUCUUUUCUUAA